AUGCACGUACUACAGUGUGCGCCGUUAUCCUUGGACGCUGGAGUGGCCGUAUUAGCUCUUUAUCCUGGUCUCUGGAUGGAAGACGCCUCGCCUCAGGGUCUGAUGAUACGACUGUCAAAAUAUGGGACACAACAAUCAGCAUUCAGCCAACCAACAAGGGCCACAAUGGACCUGUGCAAUCGAUUACCUAGGUUCAAGAUGGAACCAAAGUGGUAUCAGAGUCAAUGGACACAACCAUUCGGUUGUGGGAUCCAACUACCGGUCAGUGCACGAUGUUCCAAUGCCAGCACGGCACACAAGGCAAGUUUUUCGGCAAUCAUGAUGGAAAUAAACUUCCAUCAACAUUGUAUGAUGGCAUCGUCCACGUAUGCGAUCCGAUUACUGGUCAGUACACGGUUUGAGGGGAGCAUGGCUAUAGUGUUACAGGCAUUGCCUGGUCUCCAGAUGGAGUUCAACUCGCGUCGUCAUCAAGGGGUUAUGCCGUCCAGUCGCGAGGUCUCGAUUUGCAAAGAGCACACCGACAAAGCUUCUACAGUUUCCUGGUCUUACGAUGGAGGCCGACUCGCAUCUGUACCGGACUAUAGAAUCGAUAUAUUAGAUCCGACCACUGGCCAAUGUAUCUUGAAUUCCCCUAUUGAAACUCGUAGCUUCCUUCAGUUCGACAGCACCUGCUCAGACUUACUCCAUACUGGGCUUGGCAUGUUCGAUGUGGAGGUUCUGAAACGUGCCUCGACAAGCUCCAAUGGCUCAAACUAUUUUGGACUCAGCGGAGACCUGUCCUGGAUAACAUAUGAUGGAACUAAAAUCUUGUGGUUACCCCCUGAACAACGACUGGCCAGACUACAUGCAUUGGCCUUGUCAGUCACAACUGUGACUAUCGGUUGUGUCUCCGGUAUAGUUGAGUUCUAUGAAUUCUCCGCUGCAUAUUGUGGUGUCAUACAUGGUACAAAGUAG